AUGACUUCAUCGUUACGAGAUAUACCCGUCUUUGAGUCUAUUUCUCCAUUGAAUUCGUCAGAUUCAGACAGGGAAAAUAUUUUUGAAAUCCAUCAAAAAAGGAUGAUCGAUGUGAGGAGAUUAUUAUCGCCUGAUAGGGUGCAGGCAUUCUUUCAACCUUGUAAGAGAAAGUAUAUUAAAUGUGAUCGAGAGGAGGCAGCACAACGGCUAAUUCGAGAUUACUUUGUUGAAAAUCUGAUUUAUCCACCAAACAUGUUUCGUAAAAGGUUUCGGAUACGACGAGAGUUGUUUCUUCGCAUUUUAAACAGUGUUAUAGCAUAUGACAAAUGGUUUAUCCAAAAACCCGAUGCCCUCGGUCGUAUGGGGUUCACUCUUAAACAGAAGAUGACUACUGCAAUCCAUAUACUCGUAUAUGGAAUUUCAACUGAUCUACCAACGCUUACCAAAUGCAAACGACACGUCUGCUACGAUAAGGGGAAGAAAGAGGAAUUUCCAGUAUUUAAGAGCAUGAUCGAUGGUACAAUGCCUUCGAUUAAUUACAUGGUGAAUGGGCAUCGGCGUACAAUGGGGUAUUACUUAUCUGAUGAUAUAUAUCUUAAGUGGGCAACUUUGAUGCAGACCAUCCUGCACCCAACAACUGUCAAAGAGAAACUAUUUGCUAACAAACGAGAAGCUGUUAGAAAGGAUAUCGAACGAGCGUUCAGAGUGUUGCAAAUGAGGUGGGCUAUAACACAUCAACUGGUACUUUACUGGAAUACAGAAGAUCUAAACAAGAUAAUGAAAACGUGUAUCGUAUUACACAAUAUGGUCAUUGAAGACGAGGGCGAACACAUUUUGUAA